UAUCACCACCACGGUCAUUACUGCCACUACCACUGUCAGCAGGACAGGUCCCAGAAUUAAGUUUGCAGCAGUGGUGAUGAUUUGCACUGAGUCAUCCACACUCUCUCAUCCGGUCAUCACUAAGUGUCACAUUCAGUGUGGCUUAGUAAGGGUUGGGGGGUUUUGACACUAGAUGCAGGAAUAAUUUUCAGGUCAUUUGAUUCUUACUUUAUUUCCUCCUACCUGAAACCUAUUUUAGUAUCUGACUCCCCUACUCAGUUCUAAGCUCUUCGAGGACAGUGAUCAUAUCUUCUUCAUCUAUUGUACUCUUUCAAGAAUGGAGUACCAAACUCUGCACACAAAGGGAGCUCAAUAAAUGCUACUGAUAGAUUGAUUCCCUCCUCCCUCUUUCUCACCACCAAGUAAAGAUACUAUAAUGGAUGUAAUUCAUUAGAUUGUAACUUCCUUGAGGGCCGGGAGCAUCUAUCUUACACUUAGGAGUUCUCUUCUCAGUCCUCAUCACAGGGCUCUGCACUCAGUACAUUCCCUUACUUGAUUGAGGGGAAAUGGAACGGCAGGGAGAGGGGUAGGACAUCUUGAGCCAGGAUAAUUAGGUGCGGGCAGAGUUGGUGCCGUGGGCUAAUUCCAUCUCUGAUUGUUGGACCUGCCCACAUCUGCCUCUAUUUCCUCCGAUCAGUUGCCACUGAUUAUUUUCUGCUGGUGUUUUCUGUUUUUAUGCUGAACACCAGGGGAAGUUAUGGGGAAUAAGGAAGUAGGGGAGAGAGAGAGAGAAAGAAAGAGAGAGUAUAGAGUGGGCAGAUGCAAGAGGAGGAAGGGUGAAGUUGCCCCACCUUCUUGAUCAAAUGGAGCUGGACUAGGGAGACAGGAAGAUGCCUCUCGUUGCUGCUUUGCUCCUUCUCUGGCUCCCAGGCUGUUUCACCUUGACUGACUCGAAGGAGGUGAGGAGCCCUGGGUGGGUCAGCGGCCCUGAAGGUGGCUCUCUCAUGGUCCAAUGUCACUAUGACCAUGGAUGGGAGACCUAUGUGAAAUGGUGGUGCAGGGGAGCUGACUGGACUUUCUGUAGGAUCAUGGUUAGAACCACAGGAUCAGAGGAUGAGAGGAGGAGCGGCCGAAUGUCCAUCAGAGACAACCACCGAGACCACAUGAUUACAGUGAUCAUGGACAGCCUCGGAGCAGCAGAUGCAGACACGCACUGGUGUGGGAUUGAAAAAGAAGGUGAUGACCUUGGGGCUCAUGUUGUAGUGGCUGUUUUCCAAGAUAUUUCCUCUCCAAGGGGCCCAGAAGAGGUGGCUUGCCUACAAGGAGAAUCCCUGGCAGUGACGUGUCAGUACAACCGGGGCUGGGAGAGGAACCAGAAAUGGUGGUGCCAGGGAAUGGACUGGGAAUCCUGUAAGAUCAUUGUUAGAACUUCAGGAUCAGAGAGAGACAAUGGGCGAGUGUCCAUCAGAGACAGACCUGAAAACCGGACCUUCACAGUCACCAUGGAGAAUGUCACUGGGGAGGACAGAGGCACGUACUGGUGUGGGAUUGAGAGAGUAGAAGUUGACCUUGGAGCCCGGGUGAGAGUCACCAUUUCCACAGCAGCGACUGCUGGACCAGCAACAGCCAGACCAAGGUCCCUGCAUGAAGACAUGCACAUCCUGAUCCUGUUCUUCCUGAAGGUGCUCACCCUCCUGGGCCUGGUCAGUGACGUCAUCUGGGUGAACAGACCCCAGAGGGCCAGGGCAGGAGCAGGUGGUAGCAGCAACUGUGACAGUCUGCAGGCCCCCGGCCCCUACUAUCCCCCAACCAGGACCGGGGUCACAGCCCUGGGGUGAGCAGGACUCUGGGCCUAGUCUGGCCUCUCCCCUGGUGGGCUUGGCUGGGCUGGGACCACCUGACCUGGGAGACUGGAGCCAGCAUGACCAGGGGGCUGGGAUGGAGCCUGGGAUUAAUUACUGUUCUGGGUCUAGGGGCUUCUCCACCCCCUGAAACCACCAGCACUGUGUUGGUCCUGGACAUGGUCUUGGUCCUGGUCCUUGUCUCUGUCCUGGUCCUGGUCCUCAUUUUGCCCCACCCAGCAGUGUUUGGCCUGGGGCCCCUGGAAUCAAAAGCAGCUCUGGCCCCUGCAGAAGGAGCUGGAUCACCCACCUCCAGGAUCCCCAAGAAACAGGGAGGAUGGUCUGAGUCUCUGUGAAUUCUGGGGCCACAAUUCCAUGAUCCCAGGGGCCAGAAGACAUGGCAACCAGAGGCUGCAGUGCUGCUACAUCUGCAUCGUCCUGGGCUGACUGACUGUACAGCGGCCUCGGUGCUCCGUGAUCCAGCCUAUUGCCCUUGCCCUGUCCCUGCAGGGACCAACCCCUACCCCCCAGGUCCCACAAACCCACUAACACUCUGCAACUUGCCUGCUGUAUGUAGCCAACUCACUUAG